AUGUUGGAUCUUCAAGUGGAAUCGUGGAUCUGGUAUGGCGUCGUCAUGUUCGUGGCGGCGAGUCGCUUCAUAUCCCGCCGAAUGACCCUCCGAUCCUUUCGCAAAUACGAAGCGGACGAGUACCUGAUGCUCAUUGCACUCUGCUUCUACACCACCCUCAUCGCCUCGAUCAACAUCGUCCGAGACUCUUCUUCAAACCUACUACCUCCCGGCUUCGACCUUAGCUCCCUGACGGAGGAAGAUAUACGAGACAGACAGUAUGGCAGCAAGAUGGUGCUGGUUGUUGAACAAUGUCAAUGCGUUACUAUCUGGCUAGUAAAAGGCUGUCUUGUCGUCCUAUACCUGCGAUUGACGACGAUGCGGACUGAGAACAUACUCAUCAAGCUCCUUGCCGCAUAUAUCAUCAUCACCUUCAUCAUCAUGGACAGCCUCUACUUUGGAUACUGGUGUUCGCCAUUCUCGAACUACUGGGCAGUCCCCACGCCCAACAAGCAAUGCGAUGCGGCGACGAACCACCUCAUCAUGAACGCCGUCUUCAACCUGACAUCCGAUUGCGCCAUGCUGAUCAUCGGACUACCCAUGUUCCUCCGACUCACGCUGCCGUGGAAGAAGAAGUCCGCGCUCAUAGCCAUCUUCUCGCUCGGCAUCUUUACCAUCGUUGCCGCCAUCCUGAACAAAAUCUACUCCUUCACGCAACCUUUCGGAUCAGAGUGGACGUACUGGUACACGCGCGAGAGCUCGACAGCAUUAUGUGUCGCGAACUUACCUUUUGUCUGGGCACUAUGGCGUCGACCGUUCGGCGUAGAAAGCAUCCACGGACAGUCUCGACAGAACAGCUUGUCUCCCAAGAAUGCGCUGAGUCGCACGAACACCGGUAUGGCAGUCACGAGCGAGAGAAACCCGAGCUCCACGGAUAAGAGGCAAUGGCGACGGAACGACAGUCUUGCGGCUGAGCUGGAAAUGGAAGGAGGACCGGGCGGGAUGACGCUCGAAGAUCUGCUUCGCAGUGAGCCGGUACACGUCAACGGCGAGAAGGAGCCGACCGAGUUCACGCAUCCCCAUCUCUUCUGGUCACGCAAGAAAGCCAAACCGCAGUCCAGCAUCGAGCGAGCGAUGUUGGGCGACUCGCCUGAGCAGGAGACGGUGCGAAGAGAUUCUAGCUCGAGUGUGCGGGUGGGAGAUACGCCGGCAUCAUCGACGUUCCGCACGACGGAUGGGAAGCGGUCUGCGAGCUCGUUGGUGUGA